AUGACACUCACUAUAAAGAUUUGCUCAUCUUCUGCCAGCUCCGCAAGCAUGGAUGAUCGUUUGCGCGAUGCUCUGAAUGAACAUUUAAAAAGUAGCGGUUCCCUAACGUUUUCUCAUUGGAAGCAGACAUGGAAAGAUGGAUAUUCCAAUCAACACACAGGAGGUCAGGACACAGCAACCUACAUAUUUCACUGCUUGCUUGUUGUUAGCAUAUAUCAACUAUUACAUUGCAAUUCAAUAUUGCCGGUCUCUUUUCGACAAUUUAUCAAUAGUAGACAAUGUUUUAUUCAUAGGGCAGCACAGCUUUCUUUCCUUCCUUCCUUUCUCGCUUUUUUUUACCAUUAGCGUUGCCGAUAUUCGUGUAGUUGGCUUGUUUGCGGUUUCCCAAAGAGUAAACAAGCUAUCUACGUGAAUGUCAGUGACACGAUCAAAUGACUCUGCACAAGGUAGGUUGCUAAAAAAAAUGAUCUGCUCACAGGGUACAUCUAUCUGCGUGUCAAUCGUUACUUUCUGUGAUGAUAACGGUUACUCGUGAUUAUCUUGCUCCUACUUAUUGAAUUGAACUUAUUUUUUCUUGCAACAGCCGAGGAAGCGGAUUUGUGUGCCAUUAGCUGUCAACUGUGGACAGAUUAUCCUGAUUGCCUUAUUGUAGGUCUCGAUAGAAUCUCAAAACAUGGGAAAAUGGUAAGGCUUCAGACAUAGGCAGCAUAUUACUCGAGCCCAACUACUCUACUGUUAACUCUUUUCUUUCUUUGUAAUCAAAUUCAGUUACCGUAAAAUUCCGAAAAUAAGCCGCAGAGCUUAUAUUUUUCAAAGACCCUUUUUGAGGGGCUUACCUAUGGAGUGAAAUUUGCAUUUCGAAAUCGAUUGGGCUAGCCUUAUAGUUGGAAGUAAAUUUACCGUUUUUGCUUUGUUUUACUCUGUAUUUGAGGGCAAUUUUCAAGUACAAGCCCCGGUGGGCGGGGGGGCCAUAUUUAGAGGGGCGAUUUAACAGAGGGUUUUUUGCUGCAUUACCAGUUUGGGGGGUUUAUUUGGAGGGCCUUCCUUUUGGAAUUUUACGGUAUUUUUAUGAUUUCUUGAUUAAAGAACACCAAAACAGUUUUGGUGGACACCAACAUCCCAGUUGAGGACCUAUUAAAGCCUGAGAACGAUACUCUCCAUUCUACAGAUAGCACUUCUGGAGAAGGCUAUAAAUUGUUUGCCCUUGUCAUAACAGCAGAGGAUGGAAGAUUUUACUCCUGUGUAAAACCAGAGGCUGACGCGCAUAAAUGGUAAGCACCUUCAUUGAGGAUUGCAUCAAUUGAUUGUUCUCUCUCUCUUGUCAAUGUUAACAGUUUGCCAAGUUUUGCAAGAAAUUCUAUAAAACGUUCGCUAGCCAAGGGGAGCCUUGCUGAACUCAGGAAGACAAGUGACUCCUCUAGUUCUCUUAUGGAUAUAAGGAAACUAGCUGGCUCUGGCAUUUUUGGCACAUGUUAUAAAGUGAAGUAACAGUCAACUAUGCCUUUAUUCUUAAAGGGCUGUGUACGAUGGCUUCAAAGUUAGAGUUUGUUAUGACCAAUGGUUUAUUGCGCAGGUUAUCCGGAGGACAGGACCCAAUCUUUAUAAUAUCCUUUAAAUACAGACUAGACUAACCAAGACAAAUUAUCGGGGGAAGUCUCAAAAUGUCGCGAGAUCCGCAGCCCUUUCAAAUGUUGUAAAGAAAAGAAAUCAGCGUAGCUUGACAACAACCAGCCUCCUUCGAAUUCAAGUUUUCUUUUGUUUUUUGAUGUUAUGUUAGUGUGUUUUCGUGCUGUUAACGGGUUAUUUCACUUACUGUACAUGACAUUAAAAGAUAGAUUUUCCUUGACUGUUCAUACCUAUUGCCUUCUAUACCAUUUCUUGGAGUGAUGUUCAAAAGCCAACCACUCCAUCUUCAAAUGAGCAACAAGAAGCACUUCUCGUGUAAGGAUAAUCAAAACCUUACAGAAUUCAAGACUAUUCCAAAAUAUAAUCGCCUACAGGCUAGUACUUGUUCCAAACGAACUUUCGCCCUUUCUAGUAAGCAUGUUAAUUAGACCAUGAUCUGAUUUUUUUAAACUCUACUUGCAGUGGUGGAAGUGAAGAAGACUGCGUGAUCAUCAAAGAUGUCGGUACGUAAAAGUCCUUGCUGCACAUUUAGCAACACGUAAUGAUUCGCGUGAUCAUAUUUUUUGUAAUCUUAACCCGUCGGUAUAUAGCCGCUAACACCUUGAAUAUGAAGAAUAGAUAUGUCUGGGAUUGAACGUAUUGGCAAAAAUUGGCUAGCCAAUAUUUUUUUGGAUUUGCAAUUUUGGCAAGAAAAUGAUUCACAAGAAAAUUUUUUGGGACACUUACUUCAAAGCAUAUCACAAAAAUUACAAGUUAACAACAUUCUAGACUAAAAAGAAGAAAAGGCAAAGAAGGGCACCGAGAAGCUCGCAAAUUUAGCGAACGUUUCAUGACAUACAUACACACAUGUACAUACAUACAUACAUACAUCUAUUGUUGCUCCCUAACAAGGACGUUUUAGCACCAAUAUUAAAAGUAAAAAAGGAAUAAAAAUUGUCAAUAAAUAUAAUAACUGUAUAAUAAUUAAUUAAUAUAUUAACAUGAUUCGCUUAAAUAUUCUCCAAAAAGCACUGAAAGUGUCUAACAAGACACAAGUGGCCAAGACAAGUGGCCAAGCGACAACGGGAAACAUUUAGGUUGUAAAUUGCAAAAGUAACAGGAAUUUUUCUUGCUAUCUAAAGAGACGGAGUAACUAAUAUCGCACGAAUAACAGGAUAUUUGUUGAAAGUGGUUUUCUGUUUGAAAUUAAAAUUCUUGUUAGUGCAAAUUUUACGGACUUUUGGGGGUCUUCUUUGCCUUUCUUCUCUAAGUCUUUGCGUGAACGGUUUGAUAUUAUUGUGUUCAUGUCCUUGUCAAUGCUGUCCCCACUAUCACUUAUAGACUAUUUAUGUGCUUAUAGUUGCUUCCCUUGUAAGGACCAGGCUUCAAAUUAAAUAUUUAAAUGUAACGUAAUGCGUAAUACUUUGUUCACAAUUUCCAGUGCGACAUGAAGAGGAUUUACAUCACAUGGAAAAGGCCAUGAAGGAUUUUAUUGUGCUGGAAACUCUGAAACAGCAGUUCCUAAGAUUUACAAGAACACAGCUUCAGAACGACAGAAGAAAACGGCUUGGGCGACAAGUACAGCAGUAA